UAUUGUUGUUUUGUGUUUCUUACACGCUCCUGCACAGUAUUACUUUUCACUUUUCAUUUUUGAUGGCUUCCAACUGCGCCAAUCGCUCUAAUCCUUACCAUCAAUGCACCCAAGCUUGCUCCCAAGGCACCAACCAAACCAAGAUCACCACCACACACGCAAAUAAAAACAAGAUUAAUUCAGGUUAUGGUCGAAGUGUGACAGAUGGUCAGCUUGGUACAAAGGUUAAUAAACAAAAACGAACUUACUCAGGUUGUCCUAAAGCUUCUAAUCCUUACCAUGAGUGUGAUGACAAUUGUUACAUAAGAUUAUCGGAUUCAGGUGCCCCUCCUCCGUUAAAGUUAGACAGGAAAAUUAGGGUUGGUUCUAAACCAGAACCCCCUGUUCUUGACACUGUUCCUGCCUCAAAAGUUGGAGCAAUUUACCUAUCCGAGAAGAAAAAGGUUUUUACAGAGAAAAACGAGCACGUUCCCUCUGAGCCAAUUUCUGGACACAAACAUGAUCCAGUUGUAAAGCCUUCCUAUCACAAAGACCAACCAAGGGAUAUCGAUAACGUUGCCAACCCAACGCCAACAAAUCACGACGAGAAAACAACUUCUCAUAAAGUUGUUCAUGUUGAUCACACUGAAGAAUUGGGUCGUAAUGUUUCAGCUGGCGCUUCUAGUUUCCCUGGUGGAAAUGAAGAAAAUUUAAACGAUGAGGCAGAGACGGAGUCCGUGACUUCAGAAGCCCGUGUUCAGGUUGGAAGAUACAAAGUGAAAGAAAGUUUUGUUUCCAUUCUGCAAUCUAUCUUUGACAGGUACGGGGACAUAGGAGCAAGUUGUCACUUGGAAUCAGUUGCGAUGCGGUCGUACUACGUUGAGUGUGUGUGCUUUGUGGUGCAAGAGUUACACUCCUCCUCACUAAUUCAACUGAGCAACUCCAAAGUGAAAGAAUUUUUGGCCAUUCUUAAGGAUGUGGAAUCUGCUGAACUUGACGUUGCAUGGUUGCGUAGCGCUCUCGACGAACUGGCUGAAAAUAUUGAACUCAUUAAUAAGCAGCAGGUGGUAGAGGCAGAAAAGGAUUACUCUGGUCGCGAAGUGGAGACAGUGAAAGAGGAGCUACGACAGGAGUUGGAAACUUUGGCUCAGAAAGAACAAGAGGUUGCUGAUAUCAAAGCACGAAUUCCUGAGAUCAGAGGUCGUUUGAGAGAGCUCGAACAAAAGUCAGAAGAACUGAACAAAAACAUGCUAUCUAUCAAGUCCAAUGUUGAUAAUUUGCCCAUAAAAUCGUUGGUAGAUGAACUGUUAUGUUGAGCAAAUUCGAUUGUGUUGCACCCAUCUUAAUAAGUUUCAAUGCUUAAAGGUAGAAUAGGUUGCUGAAUAAAUGCAUAAAGAGCAAUGUUUUCUUGUUUAGUUGUUAAUUAUACGAACACAUAUGUAUACUGACACACAGGGUACACAGAUGCACCCUCUCCAUUGGGUCUGAACUUUAAUUACUUGUUUCUAUUUAUGCCAACGAUAGUGUUUUUGAUCAUCAGUUUUAAAUACAUAUUUUAUUCCUGUAAAUUUUA